GCAUGCCCGGAAGUACUUGAACGCAGCAUUGAUUCCAGACCGGGCGGAGAGGACCUGUGGGGGAUUUCAGUCCAGCCUCCAGUCACGCGUGUACAGAGUCGUGUAGUGGUCUGUCGCCAAACUUCGGCAUAUUUCCGUGUCUUUUCUUGUGCUGAAGAAGUCAUGGAGCCGAUAACGAAGUGGACACCAAAGCAAGUUUUGGACUGGAUGAAAGGUUUGGAUGACAGCUUGCAGCAGUAUGUGAGCAACUUUGAGCGGGAGAAGAUCAGCGGGGAGCAGCUUCUAAAGAUCACACAUCAAGACCUGGAGGAGCUUGGCGUGGCCAGGAUCGGACACCAGGAACUAGUGCUGGAGGCCGUCGAUCUACUCUGUGCUCUGAACUAUGGGGUUGAGACAGACAACUUGAAGAAUCUGGUUGUGAGGAUGAGAGCUGCCACCAACAGUUUACACAUGGCCACAUCUGACCGCAGGAAAAGCCCUGCGUAUGAAGGCAGCACCUCAAGGAAGCCACCCAACGACUUCCUUACCUCUGUGGUGGAGCUGAUCGGUGCUGCAAAGAGCCUCCUGGCUUGGCUGGACAGGACGCCUCUUACAGGGAUCAGUGACUUCACAGCCACCAAGAACAAGAUCAUUCAGCUGUGCCUGGAGCUCACCACCACAGUUCAACAGGACUGCAGUGUUUACGAGAUGGAAGAGAAGAUCCUAGAAGUGUCUAAGAUUUUGAACAGCAUCUGUGAUCAGACCGUGAGAACAACCUCUGACCCCCUGAUGAGCCAGUCGGCCUGCUUGGAUGAAGUCCAGCUGACCAAUAUCAAACCAGGAGAAGGGCUGGGGAUGUACAUCAAAUCGACAUAUGAUGGCUUACAUGUCAUCACAGGAACCACAGAACAUUCACCUGCAGACCUGACUAGGAAGAUCCAUGCUGGUGAUGAGGUGAUCCAGGUUAACCACCAGACAGUGGUGGGCUGGCAGCUGAAAAACCUGGUUGUCAAACUGAGGGAGGACCCUAAAGGCGUGGUUCUACUCCUUAAGAAAAGGCCUACAGGCACAACAGGUUUCACCCCCGCCCCGCUCAAGAACAUGCGCUGGAAGCCCCCAGUACCACAGAACAAUUCCUCUUUGAUCAGAGUCCAGUCUCCCUGCAGCUCGGCUAAUGGAUCAACCAAAAAAGAGAAACCCGCUAUCCUGAACCUGUACAUCCCCCCUCCUCCUCCAAUGCCUUACACUCCACGAGAGGAAAGAACAGACUCCUUCUCCAGCAUUAGUAAAAGACCAAAGGGCUCUGAGUCACCAAACUCCUUCCUGGACCAGGAGAGCAGAAGGCGCUGCACCAUCGAAGAUUAUGACAAGCUAAGCGUUGGCUGUCCCAUCGAGGCCAACGUGAUUCAGCCCAGAAUGAGGGAGCACAAGUCUUUGCGUGGGAAGCCUCGGCCCCUCUCAAUGCCGGCAGACACUUGUGUCGGAAUCAUAGAUCCCUAUGCAAAGCCCUGGGCACAGGGAAGGAAAGGUGAAGACCACCUGUACAGAUACCUGAGCAAUGAGAGGAUCCCCACCAUUGCAGAGGAGGUCCCCACAGUGUCUCCGCCCUACAGGCCAGCGGGGGAACGCCAGCUGGUCAGAGUGGACCACAUCAGGGGCAGCCGCUACUACUCCAACUCAGACCUCCACAACAGCGCCACCAUCCCCUACCAGGAGGACAUGAGAAAGGCCCCUGUGGCCACCGUCUCCAAGCGCGCAACGGCAGAACGCUCACUACUGGGACCUGACUGGCACUCUAGCAGUGACUUCCUCAACCGGUAUAAUCAGCCACAAAUACGAUCCUGGUCCUUUUCUCAAGCAGCUGCGUUCCCCAUAUCUGUACCCCCUUCUAUGGCUGCUGAUGAUUACAACCCAGUCUCCCUUCGACAUAAAUCCAAAAAGAAGAGCCGAGGAGGCAACUGUUCAAUGAGCAGGAGACGGAUCUCUGUCAAAGAGCUGGGUCAGCCGGAUCACCAGGGAUGGCUGUACAGGAAGAAGGAGGGAAAAGGUUUCCUGGGUAUCAAGUGGAAGAAGUACUGGUUUGUGCUGAAGAAGACAGCUCUUUACUGGUACGCCAACCAACUGGCAGAAAAGGCUGAAGGCUAUAUUGACCUCACCAACUUCAUGAUUGACAGAGCCAUAGAGUGCAAAAAGAAACAUGCAUUUAAAGCCUGCCACCCACAGGUCAUGAUGUUUUAUUUUGCUGCUGAGAGCCAUGAGGAGAUGAACUUAUGGUUGAAUAAGCUCGGACUCGCCUCUAUUCAGUACGAGCCAGAAGAGCGAAGCUCUACAGCCGAGUGUUAUAGUGAAGCCAGUGACCAUGAAGAGGCUGAAAGCACAGAAAUUCCCCCGCCGCCAUACUCUGAACAAACCCUGCGGGACUCUGUGGAUGCAUCUGAUCCACCUGGUAGCACACAUCAGGGUACUCUUCCUCCCCCUUACUCCGCCGCAGUCCCAAGCGAAGCAAACGGUUCCCUCUCAUCCCCUGUCAGCACCAUGACCUCACAGAGCUCCUCCUCCUCACUAGCUAAACACCGGCAGUCUUGGAUGGACCUGGUCUCACAGGCGGCCCCUCCUACAGGUGAAACGGCAGUGGUGUGCUCAGUUCAAGUACACUCACAUCAGCCUCCACAAGAAGAGACAGAGGAAGAAGAAGAUCAUUCUGAAGCGUUGGAGAGCUCAACUCUCCAGGGGGAAAGUCCAACUGCGGAGGGGGAGGAGGCACCGGGUGUUUCAGGAGCUGAAGAGGAAGUGCAUGAUGCAAACAGCUCGGAUGAGAUGGAGAAGCUGUAUAUUCAUCUAAAAGAGGCCAGCCUCUCACCAAUAGGAGAUCGUAAACCAUCCACAAGAAGGGAGUUCAGGGCCUCGUUUAUAAAGCGCUGUAAAAACCAAACCGUCAAUGACAGACUACACCGUAUCAGGACUCUCAACAGCACAUUAAAGUCAAAGGAGGCAGACCUACAGGCAAUAGAACAGAUGCUGUCUGACCCAGAGUUCAACUCAUGCAAGUUCAGACAGUGGAAGGAAGCCAAUGCACCCUUGGUGCAGGAGAUCUGUGUUAAACCAGACCAGCAGGGGGCAUCAGAGUCCACAAAAGCUGUAGCAUCGGAUAUGGCUGCUCCACUGGCUGAGACCAGUUUAUAAAGACUCUUGAAUACAGUUUCAACUGUGAUCUGGACUCAAAGAACUUCAACAUCUCGUAUUCUGACCAAACACACAUGCACACACACUGUUGCUACAUACAGUUAGGACUACUGCUGUUACACCAGUGGUUUUAAAGUGCUAUUCAACAAGUAUCUGGAUCUGCUAAGUGUGUACAAAGUUAGUCAAUACGGCUUAGAAAUUUUGUGAUAAGCAGAUCACAUUAAAUGUGAAAUGUGUUAUAGUAUUCCUUCAGUUGUUAUAGGUGUAAGAUCAGCCAAUUUUACACACAGUUGUUUUAAUGUUGUAAUUCUGUAAACCUGUGCAUAAACUGUAUUGUAUUUUGAAUUAUGGAGUACAUUUAAAUAAUGGGUCCAUUUUUCUCUGCAUUGAAACACUUCUUUUAAAAGUAUGUUUUGUCUUAUCUGUGGUUAACACAUUUUUUAACUGUUUUUAGUCCAUUAUUGGUGCCAUGCACCCUCACUGCCUAUUACAAAUGCUUUCUGUAACUAAGUUUAAUGACUUGUGUUGUGUCUUUAGAAAUUAUAAUGUCAUACUUACCAUCAAGACUAUCCAGGCUGAACACAAGUGCCUGCACUAACAGAAUAAAUGUUGGUUCCAAGUCAUAACAUUUUAAGAUGUUUAAGUGUCAAAUCUAUUUCAGUGGAGUUUAAUUUUAAGUCAUACUGAACAAUACGUUGUUACAGUAGGAAUGCUUAAGCUGUGUAUUUUACUUAACAGAACCAAACAUUGUUUUGUCUAAAUGAAGAAUUUCAAUCUCAACGCA